CAUCACACUGAGGGCAGAGUUGAGCGCGAGGCGGGCGGAGUUGUGUGAAGAAGUCAGGUAUUUUGAGGCUGUGCAGCCGUAAAUUUCGCACAGACGAGGUGAGCCCGUGUAAAGUGCACUCCCGUGUGUGUCUGUGUGGACUUUUACAACCAGGUAGGCCCAAUUGUAGCCCAGAUAUAAACUAUUUUGAGGAAGGCUGCAAGGCCUUACAGGUUAAUCACCAUGAGUUACGGUAGGCCUCCGCCAGACGUCGACGGCAUGACUUCCCUCAAAGUGGACAACUUAACGUACCGGACGUCGCCCGAAACUCUCAGACGGGUAUUUGAGAAGUAUGGUCGGGUAGGGGACGUCUAUAUACCCCGAGACCGCUACACGAAAGAAAGCCGGGGUUUCGCGUUUGUGCGGUUCCACGACAAACGGGACGCCGAGGACGCGAUGGACGCCAUGGACGGCGCGCUCCUGGAUGGACGGGAGCUGCGAGUCCAGAUGGCCCGGUACGGCAGACCCCCAGAUUCCCACUACGGAGGCGGUGGUGGAGGUGGAGGCGGUGGAGGUGGCGGAGGCCGUCGAGGAGGACCGACCAGGAGGUACAGCGGACGGCGGAGCAGAAGCUCUUCCCCCAGCCCGAGACACAGAAGACGCAGCAGGUCCCGCAGCAGGAGCCGCUCUCGUUCCAGAAGCCGCUCCCGCUACAGCAGAUCCAGGUCCCGGUCUUACUCCCGAUCCAAGUCUCGCUCUCCAAGGAACAAGAAGGCCAAGGCCAAGUCCCAGUCUCGUUCCAGAUCUAGAUCUAGAUCCAGGUCCAAGUCCAGGUCCAGAAGCCGCACCCCUUCUUCCAAAAGAGGAUCCAGAUCGAGAUCUAAAAGCCAGCCCAAGUCCGCAGCAGAAAAUGGAGGCGAAACCCCGUAGAGCUCCACAUUAGCUGCGGCCUCCUGUUUGCUAAAGUGGAGUUUGAGCUGAGCUGAGGCAGUAUGAGCAGUUAGACGGUAUGUGGUGAGCCGCCCUCGGCCCACCUGCUGCUGGUGAGGGUUUCUGUGCAGCGGGGUGGAGGCAGUCAGUGUUGGGGUUUGGUGUUGAGGUACGUGUGUGUGUAUCCGCUACUUGAUGAACUGUCUUCCAGGUCUCGUCCCCAGUCGGGGGACGCUGAUGCUUUGGUGGAGCUAAGGUUUGUCUUCCUUUCAUGUCAGUUCCAUUUUCUAACAUCUAUGCUUGUACCACAUUGUCAUGCAAUAUAUUGUAAGUAAAAAACAGAUUCUAGUGGGGUAAGAGGGCCAUAUUCAGAUAGGAAACUUUCCAUAUCCUGCAAGAAUCAGCCUGAAGCAUCAACUAUUCAAAAACCAAAUCAAUACUGUUUGAUGUGUAACAUGUAGCACGUCCCAAAACACACUAAACUCACAAAGCAAUUUAAUCAACUGAAACAAAAAAUAUGUGUGUUUUCGUUACCGUAGAUUUAUAUUUAUAGUCUGCCAUGUUCUACAGUUGCCCAGAAUGGACAAAUCAAGCACUCACCUUGGAUAAGGCCUUCUGUGUUUUUGUGUCAGCUACCAUAGCUCUACAAACUUGGCACACAGGACAAGUUUCAUUUCUGCAACCUCACUGCUAGAUGACACUACGUCCCACACAGGAGAUAUUUAAUCUGCCUCUUAUUUUUUUCGAUUCAAUUGUGUGGUCUCUGUUGUCUCACGAAAUAGUGGCCGUGCUCAUUACAAGUUCCCAGAUGAUGUCCCUUAAAUGUCUGGUUUUGUCCGACCAACAAUCCGAAACUCAAAAACAUUCAGUUUGUGAUAUGAAAAAGGAAAAGCGGCAGAUCCUCGCCUCCUUGAGACGGUGAUUCCAGAGAAUGCAUUUCUGCUUAAAAUGACUUAGAAGUUGUGUUCAUAAUGAAAAUGGUCGGUCAUCAGUUUUCAUCGGUAAAUGGUAUCAGUUCUAUUUGCAACAUUAUGUGAAUUUUAAAAAACACCUAAAAACCUCAAGAAGCGGGCCGUUCAGGUAGAAUGGCAGUCUGGUGAGCAAUUUAACAAGACAUGGUCAGAAAAUUUGGAAGAAAUCAGGGAAAAUAGUUACAAGGAAAUUACCCAAUAAUAA